AUGACAACAGAGGUGCAGACUACCGUUACACUAGCCCCAGCCAGUUUAUUUACCUCGUGCUCUGACGAUUCUCAAUGUCCAGUGUCAGCCAGUUGUCGACAGAGAGAGUGUGAUGGACAAAUAUGCCUGUGUAUUAUAGGAUAUGUUCCAAAUGACAACGACAAUGGUUGCUUAACUGCGUCUUCGUUUGGUGAGCGGUGUGGCACGGACAAUGGCCAGUGUACAGGACUCAAUGUUGAAUGUAACGACACAACAGACGGUUACUGCGUAUGUGGCCAAAACACGGAACUCUCCUCAUCAGGGACGGACUGCAAUGUGAUAGGCGAAGGUCGCCUUGGAGAUACGUGCACGAGUGACUCAAAUUGCUUCAUAGAACUAUUCUGUAAUGGCACAACGUGCGACUGUAGAAGUGGGUUUCGGUCGGUUACCCCAGAGGAGAAGCAAGCUUACGUGGACUACCCUUUGCAAUGCCGCCCAGAUACGUUUGAUUUAACGUCUUCGUUUGGUGAGCGGUGUGGCACGGACAAUGGCCAGUGUACAGGUCUCAAUGUUGAAUGUAACGACACAACAGACGGUUACUGCGUAUGUGGCCAAAACACGGAACUGUCCUCAUCAGGGACGGACUGCAAUGUGAUAGGCGAAGGUCGCCUUGGGGAUGCAUGCACGAGUGACUCAAAUUGCUUCAUAGAACUAUUCUGUAAUGGCACAACGUGCGACUGUAGAAGUGGGUUUCGGCCGGUUACCCCAGAGGAGAAGCAAGCUUACGUGGACUACCCUUUGCAAUGCCGCGCAGACACGUUUGAUUUAAGAGUAUGUCCUACAUUAUCAACCUCUACAGAGGCACCAACAACUGCUACCGAUGCGGAAGCAACUACAACAGAAGCACCAACAUCUACCAUAGAAGCACCAAGAAUUACAACAGAACCACCAACAACCACAACAGAAGCAACAAGAACUACCACUGAAGCGCCCACAACUACAACAGAGGCGCCAAGAACUACCACAGAAUCUCCAACAACUACUGCCGAGGCUGACACAACUACAACAGAUGCAUCAACAACUACAACAGACGCACAAACAACUACCACAGAAGCACCAACAACAACAGACGCACCAAAAACUACAACAGAACCACCAACAACUACCACAGAGGCGCCAACAACUGCAACAGAGGCACCAAGAUCUACCGCCGAAGCACCAACAACUACUACCGAUGCUGAAACUACUACAACGGAAACACCAACAACCACAACAAAAGCACCAACAACUUUAACUGAAGCAUCAACAACUUCCAAAGACGCACCAACAUCUACAACAGAAGCACCAACAACCACCACAGAAGCGCAAACAGCUACAACAGACGCACCAACAACUACAACAGAAGCACCAACAAUUACAACAGAACCACCAACAACUACAACAGAGGCACCAACAACUACCACUAAAGGGCCAACAACUACAACAGAGGCACAAACAACAACAACAGAAGCAUCUUCAACUACUACAGAUACACCAACAACCACCACAGAAGUACCAACAACUACCACAGAAGCUCGAACAGCUACAACAGACGUACCAAGAACUACCACAGAAGCACCAACAAAUACAGCAGAAGAAUUAACAACUACAACAGAGGCACCAACAACUAGAACAGAAACACAAACAACAACCACAGAACCAACAACAACUACCACAGAAGCACCAACAACUACCACAGAAGCGCCAACAAUUACAACAGAGGCACCACGAUCAACAACAGAUGCACCAACAACUACUACCGAUGCUGAAAUAACUACAACAGCUAAACCAACAACUACAACAGAAGCGCGAACGACUACAACAGAAGCACCAACAACAACAACAGAAACACUCACAAAAACUACCACAGACGCAACAACAACUACGACAGAAGCACCAACAAUUACUACAGAAGCACCAACAACUACCACAGACGCAUUCACAACUACCACAGAAGCACCAACAAAUGCAACAGAACCAACAACAACUACCACAGAGGCACCAACAACUACCACAGAAGCGCCAACAACCACAACAGAGGCACCACGAUCAACAACAGAGGCACCAACAACUACUACCGAUGCUGAAAUAACUACAACAGCUAAACCAACAACUACAACAGAAGCGCGAACGACUACAACAGAAGCACCAACAACAACAACAGAAACACUCACAAAAACUACCACAGACGCAACAACAACUACGACAGAAGCACCAACAAUUACUACAGAAGCACCAACAACUACCACAGACGCAUUCACAACUACCACAGAAGCACCAACAAAUGCAACAGAACCAACAACAACUACCACAGAGGCACCAACAACUACCACAGAAGCGCCAACAACCACAACAGAGGCACCACGAUCAACAACAGAGGCACCAACAACUACUACCGAUGCUGAAAUAACUACAACAGCUAAACCAACAACUACAACAGAAGCGCGAACGACUACAACAGAAGCACCAACAACAACAACAGAAACACUCACAAAAACUACCACAGACGCAACAACAACUACGACAGAAGCACCAACAAUUACUACAGAAGCACCAACAACUACCACAGACGCAUUCACAACUACCACAGAAGCACCAACAAAUGCAACAGAACCAACAACAACUACCACAGAGGCACCAACAACUACCACAGAAGCGCCAACAACCACAACAGAGGCACCACGAUCAACAACAGAGGCACCAACAACUACUACCGAUGCUGAAAUAACUACAACAGCUAAACCAACAACUACAACAGAAGCGCGAACGACUACAACAGAAGCACCAACAACUACAACAGAAACACUCACAAAAACUACCACAGACGCAACAACAACUACGACAGAAGCACCAACAAUUACUACAGAAGUACCAACAACUACCACAGACGCAUUCACAGCUACCACAGAAGCACCAAAAAAUGCAACAGAAUCAUCUACAACUACCACAAAAGCACAAACAACCACAACAGAAGCACCAACAACAACCACAGAACCACCAACACCUACCACAGACGCACCAUCAACUACAACAGAAGCACCAACAACUACAACAGAGGCACCAGCAACUACCAUAGACGCACCAACAACUACAACAGAGGCACCAUCAACUACAACAAAAGCACCAACAAUUACCACAGACGCACCAUCAACUACAACAGAGGCAUCAAAAACUGCCACAGAAGCACCAACAACUACAACAGAAGCACCAACAACCACCACAGAUGCACCAACCACCUCUACAGACGUACCGACACCGACAACACCAUUCCGAUCCUCCAUUGUCAACCUCACAGAUUCCUGCAACUCUAGCCUCGACUGUCCACAUGGAGCUGUGUGUAAACAGCGAGCCUGUGAUGGAUUUAUUUGCUUAUGCGAAGGAAAUUUUGUUCCAUCGGAGAACAACAACACAAAGUGUGUGCCAGCCGCAUAUUACAACGAGUCAUGUGGAGAAAAUAUCGGGCGUUGUGUAGGCUUGUACUCUGAGUGCAACACCAUCUCUAAGACCUGUGACUGUCCCAUUGCUUUUACUGUCGAUUCUACCGGUAAAAAUUGUGUAAUCGCCGGCUUCUCGCUGUUGAACGACACCUGUGGAAUCUGUCAGCAUGGGUUUGAGCAAACAUGUCAAAACGGCGUCUGCGCAUGCAAAGAUGGUCAGCGCCCAGCCACCACGGAAGAGAUUUUAGCAUCUUUUGGUUUAAUGGAACAGUGUCGCGACGUUGGGUACUCACUGGAUAAUUGCAAUGAAACAGUCAACACUCCUACAUUAUUGUCAACAAUAACGACAACAGCGAACGGCAAAACGACAGAUGUAAAAACGACUACAGCAGAGACACCGAUAACCACAACACAAGUGUCAAGGACGGCUACAACAACGACUACAACCGACACCGUAACGACAACGAUGGGGCAGGUGACUACAACACGGCCAUUAACGACUGCGACAUUGUCAACAUCUACAGCAGACACGACGCCAAGUACAACACAAGCACCAACGACUACAACAACUACCACGAUGGCGACGACGCCGUUGCGCUCUGGUAAGGUACAACUGUACGCCUCCUGCAACGCCUCCACGGAAUGCCCCCAACACGGAGUGUGUAAACAGCGAGAUUGUGACGGACUGAUAUGUCUCUGUGAUACAGGAUUUGUGGCCGCAAGCGGUAAUCCGACGAAAUGUGUACGAGCCUCGUACUUCAAUGAUAGUUGUGGUCCUGGUGUGAGCAGAUGUGUUGGUCUCUUCACCUUUUGCGCAAAGACAGGACGGUGUUUGUGCCACGGAGGGUUUCGUGCCGCCCCUGGGCGGCAGCAUUGCUCUGCCAUAGGCGUUGGCGUGUUGGGUAGCUCCUGUGCUAACACAGCAAGUUGCUAUAAAUCCGCUGACAAAAUAUGCCAGAAUGGCGCCUGCGCAUGUCAGGCUGGAAGUCGGGAAGCAACCAAUGAGGAGUUUUUGGCCGCCAUUGACGAUAAGGAAGAGUGUCGAUUGAAUACCUACUCUCUAGAUUCCUGCAACGUAACACUGACAACAGAAGCACCAACUACAACAACGUCAACAACAGAAACACUAACCACGACAAAAGCACCCACAACUACGACAGAAGCACCAACAACUACGACAGAAGCCCCAUCAACUACCACAGAAACACCAACAACUACAACAGAAGCUCCACCAACUACAACAGAAGCACCAACCACCACAGAAGCGCCAAAAACUACAACAGAAGCAAUAGCAACUACCACAAAACCACAAAUAACAACUACAGAAGUACCAACAACCACUACAGAAACACCAACAUCUACAACACCAGAAACAACAACAACAGAAACGUCAACAACUACAACAGAGGCAACAACAAUAACCACAGAUGUAACAACAACUACAACAAAAGCACCAACAACCACCGCAAAAGCACCAACAUCUACAGCAGAAGCACCAACAACUACCACAGAAGCAUCAACAACCACUACAGAAACACCAACAACUAAAACAGAAGCGCCAAUAACUACAACAGAAGCACCAACAACAACCGCACAAGCACCAACAACCACCACAGGAGUGACAAAAACUACAACAGAGGCACCAACAACUACCAUAGAAGCACAAACAACCACUAAAAAACUACCAACACCUUCAACAGGAGCACCAAGAUCUACCAUAGAGGCACCAACAACCAUUACAAAAACACCAACAACAACAACAGAAGCGCCAACAACUACAACAGAAGAAUCAACAAGUACAACAGAAGCACCAUCAACUACAACAGAAGCACCAACAACAAUAACAGAAGCACCAACAACUACAACAGAAGCACCAACGACUACCACAGAACCACCAACAUCAACCACAGAAGAACCAACAACUACCACACAAUCUCCAACAGCUACAACACAAGCACCAACAACUACCACACAAGCACCAACAACCACCACACAAGCACCAACAAUCACUAACACACAAGCAUCAACAACUACAACAGAAGAGACAACAACUACAACAGAAGCACCAACAACCACCUCGAAAACACCACCAACAACAACAGAAGCGCCAACAACUACAACAGAACCACCAACAAUUACAACAGAAACACCACCACCACCAACACCAGAAGCACCAACGACUAACACAGAACCACCAACAACCACUACAGAAACACCAACAACUGAAACAGAAGCGCCAACAACUACAACAGAAGCACCAACAACAACCGCACAAGCACCAACAACCACCACAGAAGCGACAAAAACUACAACAGAAGCACCAACAACUACCACAGAAGCACAAACAACCACUACAAAUCUACCAACACCUUCAACAGGAGCACCAAGAACUACCAAAGAGGCACCAACAACCACCACAAAAGCACCAACAACAACAACAGAAGCGCCAACAACUACAACAGAACCACCAACAAUUACAACAGAAGCACUACCACCACCAACAACAGAAUCCCCAACAACUACAACAGAAGCACCAACGACUAACACAGAACCACCAACAUCAACCACGGAAGCACCAACAACUACCACACAAUCUCCAACAGCUACAACACAAGCACCAACAACUACCACACAAGCACCAACAACCACCACACAGGCACCAACAAUCACUAGCACACAAGCACCAACAACUACAACAGAAGAAACAACAACUACAACUGAAGCACCAACAACUACCACAGAAGCACCAACAACUAUAGCGGAAGCGUCAACAACUACCACACAAGCACCAACAACUACCAUAGAGGCACUAAAAACUACAACAGAAGCACCAACAAGUGCAACAGAAGCACCAACAACUAAGACACAAGCACCAACAACUAAGACACAAGCACCAACAACUACCACGUCAGAACCAAUAACAACCACACAAGCACCAACAAUCACUACAGAAGGGGCAACAACUACAAUAGAGACACCACCAACUACAACAAAAACUCCAAUAACUACCACAGAAGCACAAACUAUCACUACAAAAGCACCAACAACCAGCACAGAAGCACCAACAACUACUACCGAUGCUGAAACAACUACAACAGAAGCAUCAACAACUACAGCGGAAACACCAACAACUACCACACAGGCACCAACAACAAAAGCACAGGCACCUACAACUGCUACUCAAGCACCAACAACUACCACACAAUCUCCAACAACUACAACACAAUCACCAACAACUACCAUACAUCUACCAACAACCACCACACAAGCACAAACAAUCACUACCACAGAAGCACCAACAACUAAAACAGAGGCACGAGCAGCUACCACACAAGCACCAACAACUACUACACAAGCACCAUCAACUACUACACAAGCACCAUCAACUACUACACAAGCACCAACAACUACCACACAAUCACCAACAACUACAAUACAAGCACCAACAACUACCACACAAGCACCAACAACCACCACACAAGCACCAACAAUCACUACCACAGAAGCACCAACAACAACAACAGAAGAGACAACAACUACAACACAAGUACCAACGACUACAACAGAAGCAUUAACAACUACCACAGACGCAUCAACAACUACAACAGAAGUACCAACACCUACCACAAAAGCACCGACAACCACCACGGAAGCACCAACAACUACAACAGAAGCUCCAGCAACUACAACAGAAGUACCAACAACUACAACAGAAGCACCAACAACCACAACAGAAGCACCAACAACUACAACAGAGGCACCAACAAUCACCACAGAAGCACCAACAACUACUACCGAUGCUAAAACAACUACAAUAGAAGCAUCAACAACUACAGCGGAAACACCAACAACCACCAAACAGGCACCAACAACAAAAGCAGAGGCACCUACAACUACCACACAAGCACCAACAACUACCACACAAUCUCCAACAACUACAACACAAUCACCAACAACUACCAUACAUCUACCAACAACCACCACACAAGCACAAACAAUCACUACCACAGAAGCACCAACAACUAAAACAGAUGCACGAGCAGCUACCACACAAGCACCAACAACUACCACACAAGCACCAUCAACUACUACACAAGCACCAACAACUACUACACAAGCACCACCAACUACCACACAAUCACCAACAACUACAAUACAAGCACCAACAACUACCACACAAGCACCAACAACCACCACACAAGCACCAGCAAUCACUACCACAGAAGCACCAGCAACAACAACAGAAGAGACAACAACUACAACACAAGUACCAACGACUACAACAGAAGCAUUAACAACUACCACAGACGCACCAACAACUACCACAAAAGCACCGACAACCACCACGGAAGCACCAACAACUACAACAGAACCUCCAGCAACUACAACAGAAGUACCAACAACUACAACAGAGGCAUCAACAACCACAACAGAAGCACCAACAACUACAACAGAAACGCCAACAACUACAAUAGAAGCAUUAACUACAAUAACUCGGGAAUCAACAACACAGCCACCAACUCCUACAACACAUCCACCAACUUCUACAACACAGGAACCAACAACCCAGCUACUGACUACUACAACACAGCCACCAUCUACUACAACACAACCUUCAACUACUAGGGAACCAACAACACAUCCAUCGACUACUACAAUACAGCCAACAACUACUACAACACAGGAACCAACAUCCCAGCUACUGAUUACUACAACACAGCCACCAACUACUACAACACAGCCACCAACUACUACAACACAGCCACCAACUACUACAAUACAGGCACCAACAAAUCAGCCACCGACUACUGCAACACAGCCACCAACUACUGCAAGACAGGAACCAACAACACAGCCACCAACUACUACAACCCAAGAACCAACAACCCAGCCACUUAGAACUACAGAGCAGGGACCAACCACACCCCCACCAACUACUACAACACAGGAACCAGCCACACAGCCACCAACUACUACAACACAGGAGCCAACCACAGAGCCACCAAUUACUACAACACAGCCACCGACUAUUACAACACAGGAACCAACGUCACAGCCACAAACUACAACAACAAAACCACAAACUACUACAACGCAGUCACUGACUACUACAACACGGCCACCAACUACUACGACACAGAAACCAACCACACGGCCACCGACUACUACAACACAGUCACCAACUACAGCAACACAGCCACAAACUACUACAAGACAGGAACAAACAACUAUAACACAGGAACUAACUUCUACAACACAGGAAGCAAUAUCUGCAUCAAAAGAAACAACAACAGAACCACAAACUACAACAAUACAGGCAACGACAACUCUGGCACUAUCAUUGCAGCCGACAAGAACGACAUCACAGAGAACAGCUACUACAACAAAAUCAGCAACUUUAGCGACCCAGCCAACAACUGAUUCAACGCAGGCGCCAACUACUAUUACACAGCCACCAACUACUACAGCCGGUGGGGCACCUGCGUCUGGAGUAUCACCACAGGUUGCAGUACCUGCUUCUAUAGGCGCCGCUGUAGUGCUGGCAGGGGCGAUAAUUCUUGUGGUGAUGUAUUUUAAGAGGCGGCCAGAUAACGAAUCUGAUGACAAAACUAUUUAUGAGGAGAGCUUGUUCAGCAUUCCAAGACCUGAUAUCUGGCUGUACGAUAAUUUCAGGACGGACAGAAGUUGGGCAACCUUUAGCGAAAAUAUGUAUUCCAGCACAUACGUUCCCAAUCCUAUGACAGACGAAGUUAUAUCGUUCGAUGAUACCUAG